AUAGAAUGGUCUAUUACGCAACAAGCAUUUAAAAGGUUUCCCAAAAGGUGUUCUUUCUAAAGAUGUUUUUGUAUAAAACAACAUAAUAGAGCCACACACCGCUACUCUACUGAGGUAUUUGAAUUCAUGGUUUGUGGAGAUCUUGUCGAUUGUAGGGCCAGGGCCAUUAAGUAAGACGGUGCAUCUCUGGACCUAACAGUGACCUGACAAGAGUCGUUGUGCAUUAGUUGGAGAGUGGGUCUGACCACUUUGAUCAUGGCGCUCGUCCGUUCCUUCGUGUUUCUCUUAGCGGUUUGUGUCUGCAUCCACGCUGAAUUAUUAACGGAAGAUGAAAAGAAGACAGUUUUGGAUGUCCACAACAUUUGGCGCAGGGCCGUUCAGCCUACUGCCUCCGAUAUGAUCAAACUCCAAUGGAGCGAUGUCUUGGCCAAUGGAGCAAAUGACUGGGUUGCUCAAUGUAAAAAGGGCAAUAACCGAUUUCUUAAUUCCGAACCAUCUGCAAUGAAAGAGAACUUCAAGAGGAUUGGUCAGAAUCAUUGGUCAGAGGCUACUGACAAGCUGGACAUGACAGCCAUCGUGAACUCAUGGGGGAAUGAAUUUGAAUAUUACUCCUACAAGAUGAGAAGAUGCGUCAGCAAAGAUGGCGUCGCGCCUACCUGUGGUCAUUACACACAAGUUGUCAGGGCAAAGACGGAGUUUAUUGGAUGCGCUAAGAAUAUGUGCCAAGAAGAUGGUGUUUCCCGUGUAACCUGCUUCUACGGACCUGGAGGUAACAGCUUCUUCACAAGUCCAUAUAAGAAAGGAACUCCAUGCAAAAAGUGCCCCAAGGGAUAUACGUGUGAAGACAAGCUAUGUGUUGACCCCAAUCCUUCUGAGCGUGCGCUUUCCGACGUGGAGUUUCUUGAUUUUCUGUUAGAGUGAAGACGAUGGACGGACAACAUGCUUGGAACAAUAAUUGAUUGAUUUUGUAGCUCUUGAUAGUUUCUGAUAAUAACACCAAAGUGACAGAUUUCGUCUGUAUUACGUUUACGGAUUGAGUUUGAGGCAAAGUAUAUAUCAUUGGUUUUUGAAACCGUUCGAUUGUUUUAAAGACAGUGGACACUAUUGGUAAUUGUGAAAGAGCAGUCUUCU